AAUGAAUUGUUUACAGUGUUUGAUUGUCGAUAAUUGCUCCUUUUUCAUAGGAAUGAAGGAAGAUAGUGGACAAUGUAUAGUGGAUAUUUCCAUAGAACCAUUCAAUAGUCUAUGCGAUUCAGAUACAAAUCCUUGUAGUAAAUUGAAUACGAAAUCUUGCCAAGUUGGAAAAAAAGGUAACAUAGAGUGCAUUUGUAAGGACAAAUAUAUGCCGCCAACAUGCCAUCAUCUUAUUGAUUACUGCACUUAUACAUCUGAUAAAAAAGAAAAGCCUGGGAGUUAUUAUUGUGGCUCAACAGGAGUCUGUGUACCAAUUCUUGGUCAAAAAAGAUAUAGAUGUAAAUGCGAUUUAGGUUAUACUCACGAUCCGUCAAUUAUGAAACCAAAUUGCGCUAUGAAAAGUGAUCCUUGUUUUGAAGUUAUGUGCUUAAACAAUGGUCUAUGCUAUACAAAUGGCAUUAGAGCAUUGUGCAUUUGCCCUAGCUCAUGGACUGGUGAAGAUUGCAGUAUACCAAAUUCUAACUGGAAUUCAUGGAGACAAUGGUCAGCUUGCUUUCCAACAUGCGGAGCAAAUAGCAAAUCAACCAGAACGAGAAGCUGUAGAUUUUCAAGGGGAAAACCUUGUCCUGGGAGUCAUAUUCAAUACAGAUUAUGUUAUGAGGAGUCUUGUAUCAUAAAUGGAAGAUGGGGUAAUUGGUCUCCUUGGACAGAAUGCACCCAUUCGUGCAAUGGGGGUAGAAAAGCAAGAUAUAGAGAUUGUAAUUACGACGGUAAUUUCAUUACAAGAAAGACUAAAUUAACAAAAUGUGUUGGCUCUGAUACGGAAAUUGGAUUUUGUAAUGAACACUUUUGCCCCGCUAAACUACAAGGCACAAGUAUUGAUAUUGAAUCUACUGACGGAGUAUUACCACCGCUAGAAGUGGAUAUUAAAGUAGAUCCAAUUAGAAAAGAAUUAACUAUAGCAGAUUAUCUAGGUGAAAGUUCAAAUGAAUUCUUGCUUAGUCUUAUUGCUAUAUCAUUUGUAGUGCUCAUCCAUUUCAUUGGUUUAUUAUUAAUUGGUAUUUUAAUACGUAAUAUUAGGAAUCUUCAAUUUAAUAAACUUUUUAAGCCAGACGAUAUUAGAGAAAUGAGAUUAACUGUUGAUCAAUUUAAACAGCCUGAAAUUGAUGUAACAGCUGAUUUUAUGGCACAACUCGAACAAUUAAUUACUCAAGAAAUUGAAAAGGAAGAGGAUGUACCGGUUAAAGAUGAAAAAAAUGAGAAAUCUUAUGAAAAUUCUUCAUAUUUUUAUUAA